AUGAAGAUACUCAAAGCCAGUACUGAUUAUACCCCAGCCAUUGUCACCCCUAAAGUGCUCCUCGUCCCCUAUUCGCGAAGUCAUGUGCCAACCUAUCACACAUGGAUGCAAGACGCAGAACUUCAAGAAGCAACAGCGUCCGAGCCCCUGACCCUGGAGCAGGAAUUUGAUAUGCAGCAGAGCUGGCGGGUGGAUGGGGAUAAGUUGACCUUUAUUGCAUGUACGGCCCCCGCAGAAGACGUCAUUCAGGGCGACGCUAUUAGACCGACAGUGUUCGAUGGACCGGACCAGAUGAUCGGCGACGUAAAUCUCUUUGUUGCGGAAGCUGAUCUAGGCGACGACGAAGGAGAUCAAAGCAGCCCAGAUGCUGGGCUGGUUGGGGAGAUUGAGAUCAUGAUUGCUAGAAAAGAUAUCCAAGGCAAGGGCUAUGGUCGAGCGGUCCUACUCACUUUUCUUUGGUAUAUACUUAUUCACCUAAGUGUUAAGCAAGGAGAGCAGUGGCGUGCCCGCCUACGUCUUCUCCGGGUCAAGGUUGGUAAGGGUAAUGUACGAAGUAUACGACUUUUCCAAAGCGUGGGCUUCAUGAUGAUGAACGAAACACCGAAUUAUUUCGGGGAGCUGGAAUUAACGUGGGAUGUGGGCAAUCAAUCGAUACAGCAGUUGCAGAAAAGGCUUCGAGACUCUUCUUCAGGAUGGCAGGAGCCGCGCAUAAAAGCCUAUAGAUAG